AUGCUUCUGUCUGUCUCUCGCGCCCUAUGUGCUCUUACCAUAGGGCGCGUCGCCUUGGCUGCACCAUCUUCGCUCGACGCCCAGUUGCGCUUCCGGGAGAGCACUAGCCUGGACAGCUGGUUGGAAUCCGAGGCUACCAUCGCGAUCGACCGCAUCCUCGCCAACAUUGGCAACAAGGGCCAGUACGCUACCAGUGCAGACAGUGGCAUCAUUAUUGCUAGUCCAAGCACUGACAGUCCCGACUAUUACUACUCCUGGAGUCGCGAUGCCGCGCUCGUGGCCAAGACGCUGGUAGAGCUGUUCCGCAAUGGCGAGACCAGCCUGCAGACGACGUUGGAGAAUUAUGUCAACGCACAGGCGGUGUUGCAGACGGUCUCCAAUCCAUCCGGCUCACUGUCAGACGGCACCGGACUCGGCGAGCCCAAGUUCAACGUCGAUGAGACUGCCUUCACCGGCAGCUGGGGUCGGCCACAGCGCGACGGACCGGCUUUGCGGGCAACAGCCUUGAUUGACUUUGGAAACUGGCUCCUGGACAACGGCUACUCCUCAUAUGCAAUCAACAACAUCUGGCCAAUUGUUCGCAACGAUCUGUCCUAUGUAGCUGAAUACUGGAACAAUACAGGCUACGACCUCUGGGAAGAAGUCAGCGGUUCCUCUUUCUUCACUGUCUCAGCACAGCACCGGGCUCUGGUGGAGGGCAGCUCAUUUGCGGCUCGCGUCGAAUCGUCAUGCACAUACUGCGACUCGCAGGCACCGCAGAUCCUCUGCUAUCUGCAGAGCUUCUGGACGGGCAGCUACGUCAACGCCAACUUUGGGUACAGCCGGUCAGGCAAGGACGCCAACACACUGAUCAGCAGCAUCCAUACGUUUGAUCCGAGGGCGGGAUGUGACGACAGUACGCUUCAGCCGUGUUCAGCACGGGCGCUAGCGAACCACAAGGUCUAUGUGGACGCAUUCCGGAGCAUCUACAGUAUCAACAGCGGCUUGGCUACGGGUAAAGCAGUCGCAACAGGCCGCUACCCGGAGGAUUCAUACUACAACGGUAAUCCUUGGUUCCUGACCACGUUGGCCGCCGCGGAGCAGCUGUACGACGCUAUCAUCCAGUGGAAUGCGACAGGUUCGCUGACCAUCACGUCCACGUCGUUGUCCUUCUUCACGGACCUGUACAGUUCAGCCGCUGUCGGAACAUACUCGUCCUCGAGCUCGACCUAUAGCGCCAUUGUUUCAGCCGUCCGUACGUAUGCCGACAGCUUCGUCAGCAUCGUCCAGACUCACGCCAUGACCAACGGCUCCCUCUCGGAGCAGUUCGACAAGUCUUCCGGAACAUCGCUGUCUGCCCGCGACCUCACCUGGUCCUAUGCUGCCCUGCUGACGACCAAUAUGCGCCGUAAUGCAGUUGUACCAAAGCCCUGGGGCGAGACGACCGCAUCCAGCGUGCCGGCCGUCUGCUCGGCCACCUCAGCCAUCGGCACCUACAGCACCGCACCCACGGCCUCGUGGCCGAGUUCCCUGACGAGCGGAACGGCUUCAGCGACGGCGACGAAACCAUCCAACACUGCCACCACGAGCAUCUCCUCCAGUACCUGUAGCACCCCGACAGCAGUUGCCGUCACAUUUGAUGAAAUUGCCACGACGUCAUAUGGCGAAAAUGUGUUCCUCACAGGCUCAAUUGCAAAGCUUGGAAGUUGGAACACCAGCAGUGCCAUUGCCCUCAGUGCUUCCGACUACACAUCCUCCAACAAUUUCUGGUUCGUCACCGUUAGUCUCCCGGCUGGCACUACCUUUGAGUACAAGUUCAUCCGCGUUGAAUCUGGUGGUUCCAUCGUUUGGGAGAGCGAUCCCAAUCGCUCCUACUCCGUACCCUCUGGCUGUGGGAUCUCUACGACCUCGGUGAGUACGACGUGGCGGUAA